UCCUCUCUCAAACCCGCUGCCAUCUCAGUGGUGGAAAUGUUGGAGUUGGGGUGGGUCGACUUUGAGGUGACAUUGACGCUAUGUAGAUGGGAGUGAGGAUCCUGCGCUCCAUGUUACGUCCCUGCUCGCUUCAACUCAGACAGCGGCAGCUCCUUUCCCCGUCUUCUCUCCCCUCCUCUCUUUCAGCACCACUCCUUUAAGGACAGCACCUCACUCUCAAAGACGCAUUUGUCCACCAUCUUCCCCCUUUCAGGAUCAUAUAUCUGCUCACUGUCGUCGGAUGAAAAGUUUUCACAUUGGUUUUAGUCCCGCAAGUGAAAGGAAGUAACUUCUCUUAAAGUGGAAUUUUUUCCCCCGUCUGGGAAACAGUCAAAGAAGCCAAUUUUACUGGUCGCUGGAUCGUUCCACCUCUUCUGGUUCUUAUCACUCAGAACACCAAGUACUCAUCUUCUUUCGGCUAUUCUCUGGGGAGUAGUGGUACGGGACGGAUAAGCUAUUGUCUAUCUAGACCGGAGUCGAAACCCAUAAUUCUCCACUGGUCAGGACUAUCCAACAUACACCUUGACUAUGGCUACGAACGGGACCAAAGCCUCGGACGGACACGUCUUGACAGAGACGGCGAAUGACGCGCCCAGUACCACGCCAAAUGACAAACCCAAAACCUUGGUGGUGAAGGUGCAGAAGACGAAAAAGGAGAUACCAGAGAGAGAAACGUGGAGUGGAAAAUUUGACUUUCUUCUCUCGUGUGUCGGAUACGCAAUCGGACUCGGAAAUGUCUGGAGGUUUCCUUACUUAUGUGGAAAAAACGGAGGAGGGGCCUUCUUGAUUCCCUACUUUUUGACGCUCAUAUUUGCUGGCAUGCCCCUGUUCUUUCUUGAGACGGCUCUUGGUCAGUACACUUCUAUUGGAGGUCUUGGAGUAUGGAAGCUGGCUCCUAUGUUCAAAGGUGUGGGUCUGGCUGCUGCUGUUCUGUCCUUUUGGCUCAAUAUCUAUUACAUUGUAAUCAUUUCCUGGGCUCUUUACUAUCUUUACAACUCCUUCACUCCUCAACUGCCAUGGCAAACUUGUGGCAAUGUCUGGAACACAGAUCGCUGCUACACCAACUACAGCAUUCAGGACACCAAAAACCUCACCAGCGCUGUAGUGGAGUUCUGGGAACGUAACAUGCACCAGCUGACCGAUGGUCUGGAGAAGCCCGGGGAGGUCAGGAUCCCACUGGCUAUCACACUCGCCAUCGCUUGGGUGCUCGUUUAUUUCUGUAUCUGGAAGGGGGUCAGCUGGACUGGCAAAGUGGUGUACUUCUCAGCUACAUACCCUUACUUUAUGCUCUUCAUCCUGUUUUGUCGUGGCAUCUCUCUACCUGGUGCUUUAGAUGGAAUUCUCUUCUAUAUCACACCAGACUUUGUGAAACUUAAGGAGUCUGAGGUGUGGCUCGAUGCUGCCACUCAGAUCUUCUUUUCCUAUGGGCUGGGAUUAGGCUCUCUGAUUGCUCUUGGCAGCUACAAUACUUUCAAUAACAAUGUCUACAGAGAUUCUGUCAUUGUCUGCUGCAUCAACUCCUUCACCAGCAUGUUCGCUGGCUUUGUCAUCUUCUCCAUCGUGGGAUUCAUGGCCAAUGUAACAAAGAGACCCAUCGCUGAUGUGGCAGCCUCAGGACCUGGCUUGGCAUUUUUGGCGUAUCCUGAGGCCGUCACCCAGCUGCCCAUCUCUCCUCUCUGGGCAAUACUCUUUUUCUCCAUGCUGCUGAUGCUGGGAAUUGACAGUCAGUUUUGUACUGUGGAAGGCUUCAUCACUGCACUGGUUGAUGAAUUUCCUCGGGUCCUUCGAAACCACAGAGAGAUCUUCAUUGCUAUUGUCUGCCUUAUUUCCUAUAUCAUUGGCCUGUCCAACAUCACACAGGGUGGACUUUAUGUGUUUAAGCUAUUUGACUACUACUCAGCUAGUGGAAUGUCCCUGCUUUUCCUGGUUUUCUUUGAGUGCAUCUCAAUUUCAUGGUUCUAUGGUGUAGACAAAUUCUAUGACAACAUUGAAGAAAUGGUUGGUUACAGGCCCUGUCUGUGGUGGAAGGCCUGCUGGGUUGUUUUCACCCCUCUCAUCGUGGCUGGAGUCUUCUUGUUCAGUGCAGUGCAGAUGGUUCCCCUCACUAUGGGUGAUUAUGUGUUUCCAACCUGGGGUCAGGGUGUUGGCUGGUUAAUGGCCCUUUCCUCCAUGAUUCUCAUCCCAGGUUACAUGGGCUACAUGUUCCUCACACUCAAAGGCACAUACAAAGAGCGUCUGCGAAUGAUGAUCAAGCCUUUGGCACUGGUGAAGUCUCAGGAAAAUGGUCCAGACCAGCAAAUGGAAAACCAGAAUCAGAGCCCUGCCAACGAGGAGGCAUAUAUCUAAAGGAUUCUGUCCGUCUUGCUGUUUUGAUGGCCAGAUCGGCUCUCCACGGUAAUCGAGGUUGGGAACAACCACUAGACUUCCAUGUCUGCUUUUAUUCACCUACCUCCUGGGGACACGUGAAACCAACCUGAUUACAGUUAUUUUUAGGGGGUUUUCUGUUUGCUCAUUUGUAUGAUACAGAAUUAUAAAACUUAUAAAGAAAAACAAACUACCCAGCAAAGUCGUUGUGAUGUUAUGAAUUUAAUAAUGCAAAAAAAGAGAGAAAAAUAGCCUUUUUAGAAAAGGAAAUGUUACUUAGGAAAUUACUGUAUAUUCAAUAUGUAUAAUUUAAAUCCGGAGGCCCGCAUUGAUUCAAUAGUAUUGUGCUUUGAAGAUAUUAACUAAUCUACUAAAAUCAAAUUAUUGUACAAAGAUAAAUAUCUCUAAAAUGUAUUUUGUUUGUACAUGAAAAAAUACAUUAAAAUAAAUGCAGAGUAGUAGGUUUAAAAAAAAUUGAUAUGAACGUUUGUAAAGUAAAAAAUUAAAUAUUGAUCAAUUUAAAGCAAAGGCAAUAUGGGAAUGUGCAACAGGUAAGGCCAAAUCCGUUUGUAUGUAUAGGCCUAAACCCUAGUUUAGCCAGACUAUCAAUCCUUUGCAGAAUCCUCCACUUCACCUCAAAUGUUUACCACCCAUGUCUGGGGCUGCAUCAGUAAAGCACAAGUACAGCGUGGAAUUUUAAAGCGUCCAUUUUCUUUUUUGGCAUGACUGAAACCUGUGACAAAAGCAAAAAUAACUUAUAUAUAGGAUAGCAAGAGACUGUUACAACUGUUUCUAAAGAACACUAACUUUGUAUGUUGUCUGAAUCUUUUUUGUAGAGUCAUUUUUAGGUCAUUUUCUAUAUGUGAGAGUGAGAAGGACCAAAAUCAUGCUGUAGUUUGAGCAGUUAGUGCAGGUAUUCAACAUGCUGACUAUAUAUGGAUUCAGUCAAGCACCCCUUUUUAAGCGGUAGAGCAAUAGGGUAGAACAGCUUCCACCCACAAGCACAAGUUGAAUCUGUGAACUACCAUGUCUAAUAAAAACAACAACAAAAAAAGGAAAAAAAAGAAAAAAAAAAAGAUUUAGCCAUUACAGAAAUCCCACAUUUGCACUGUGCCCUCUAAAAUUAUGUGUAAGAGUAAUUAAAAUUUGGGAAAUGUAGAUUUAUGUGUGACUGGUGACCAGUACAGUGAAAAGAAACCACUGUGUCCAGCAAUCCAUAGUUAAUUAAGAUUAGUUUUUUUAAACCAGGACAGUGGCUGAUGUGCUCCGUUGAUAAUAAAAUGGAUUUCUAUGAUAGCUACCACUAUUCUGAGCAGACUUGUUUACUUGUGUAUCUGUUUAGUAACCCACUCCUCAGGAACAAAGGUGGACGUGACCAAAUUGUCUCAGAAACUACCCUGAAAUAAUGAAACAAUAAAGACUGUAUUUCAAAAUGGAAUUAGGAAAUUCCUACUAUAUUUUUCCCCAUAAAUUCAACAGGUAACCAAACAUAAAUACACAAAAGGUAUAAGGACUUAGUACGUGUACGCACUUUGGGACAUUCAAUAGCUGAUCCAAAUUGCUGCCUCUUUUCUGUGUGUCGUCUGCUCGGCUGGUGUUUGUCAUCUGUUUAGGCCUUCCUUUAUUUUUUUUAAACAAGCCAUACUGUGUUCCUACUCUGUGGCAAGUGCAGAUUUCCAGUAAAAGACUCAAAGAAGAGAAAGUUUGGUUCAGUUGGACAGCAAAGCUGGCAAAACACUGUUAAUAGAACUGCAAUACAUAUGAGCACAACUGAAACCAUACCUUUCCUUAGGGUAAAUGAAAACCUAAUAAUUCAUAUCAAGUUGCUCAGCAGGAUAAAAAUGCAGAUGCUAUAGAUGCUGACUUUAUGACAGACCACAGAUAUAACAACAAAGACGGAUCAAGAGAAUUUGCUUCUGUGGCAGCUACAUGCAACAGGGAUCAGGUUGAAUCAGUUCCACUUAUUCUUUUAGUGCCAAUUUUUUAAAGAUAUAUUAAUCGAAAUGUGCAAUGACAAAAGGGUUCCACAGAUUUUGUAUAGUUACCAUACUGCAGUUUCUCUCUUGAAUGAUGUUGUAAACUGGACUGUGUAAUACAUGUAUCUGUGAAUGUCCGUACAACCUGAGUUUUUCUUUUAUUUUGUCUAAAUGUUGAACAAAAAAAAGUGAUAUUAUUUGCUGUUUUCCGCAAUAAUGCUAUCUCAGAAACUAAGGCACAUAUCUCUCUCAGAUGUAAAAAUUAUAAUGACAAUAACAGGUUAGAGUAAUAAUAAAGAUGAUAUCAAUAAUAAUGUAAUAGAGAUGUCUAGUCAGAGAAUAUUGUUUUGUAUAUUUCUAGCUGUUUCAUGGGCCUAAUGUAAAAUAUUCUAUGUAAAAUUAUAAUAAAUGUCCUUAGAUGGUGUUAUAUGAAAAAGCAUGAUUGCUAUAUAUGUUAUCUGAGAAAAUAAAUAAAGAUCUAUAGAUUAUAAUGUCA